UAACUUGUAUUCUCCAAAGUGUCAUAGCUUUCAGUUUCUGGACUACCAAUUUCUUGAUAUUUCCGAUCCCCUCUUUUUUGCUUCAAGAAUAGCCAUGGGUAUUCGUUUGCGUUCGAUGAUUCCUCAAUCCAAGCAGAUUGUCAGAUUACAAUCUUUUCUAACACGAAACCAGUUAUCUACUACAUCACCGGUUCCAAAAGGCCACUGUGCUGUUUACGUGGGGGAGACAGAAAUGAAAAGAUUUGUGGUUCCUCUUUCUUACUUGAACCAUCCUUCAUUCCAGAUUCUACUUAGUCGUGCUGAGGAAGAAUUUGGGUUUGAUCAUCCGAUGGGAGCUCUGACAAUUCCAUGCAAAGAAGCUGCUUUCCUAGAUCUCACGUCUCGUUUGAAUGCUUCAUGAAGGAGGAAGAACAAAGUUCCGUAUUAACUUUAUAAUUUCAUCUGAUCACAACAGUUCCAAGUUUAUGUUAUCUAACAAUAUUAUCUUUUAGAAGAGGGUUUUUCCCAAUCCAUGUAUAAAAACUUCUUUUCUUUAUGUAACUGAUGAUGACUGGGCAGAGUAACAAAAAAGACUCUCCCCCACUGAAAAUUAACAUCUAUUAAUGAAAGAAACUUUUCCUUUCAA